GCACAAUGUGGCAACAACGCAGUGUCAAAUGUCUAUUAAUUUUGUUGGUUUCUAACCUCAAAAUUCUCUUUUACCUCACGUUUUCGUUUUUAAACCAUUUAUGUGAAGAAUGACGAUGAAUGAAGCUACCAGCUCAGUAGAAGUCAUACUAGGCACUUAUGAAGAGUAUUUAUUGGGAUACAGAUGUUCUCUGAAGAAUGAAAGUACUCAGCAAACCUUUGCAACUCACAGUCACUGUGCCAGCAUUAGAAGUAUUUGCACAUCCGGACGAUAUCUAGCAUCAGGCGGAGCCGACGAUCGCAUCGUCAUAUACGAUCUUCAACAUCGCACAGAAAAACAUCCCUUAACGCACCACAGUGCGACAGUUAACUGCUUAGCGUUCACGCCCGAGCACACACACUUACUUAGCGGCUGCAAUAACGGCGUGUUGGCAAUUGUACGAGUCGGCAGCUGGCAGUUGGAGAAAGUGUGGGAAAAGGCGCACAAGGGCUCUCCUAUUUUAGACAUUGCGGUCCAUCCAAGUGGAAAACUAGCUCUAACAUUAGGCGGAAAUCAUACGUUAUGCACGUGGAAUCUCGUUAAAGGCAGACAGGCGUACGUCAUCAAUUUAACUACGAAAAGUAAAGAUCCCAAAAGCGUAGAUCGUAUUACUUGGGCACCUUGCGGGGUGCGGUUUCUGUUGUCGGGAGGUCGAUAUACAGAAGUGUGGAGCAUCGAGAAGGGGGGCGUGUUGAACACGAUCGAGCAUGAUUGUAAGGUUAUUUGCGCAUUGUGGCUCGAAAAUGAAGUCUUCUUGGUGGGCUAUGAGAAUGGGAAAAUCGCCACAGUUAACUCGGAAACGGGGGAAGUAAAUGUGCGCGAGGCUCAUACAACUCGUGUCAAAUGUAUGGCACAAAUUGGAGACCUCGUUGUAACAGCGGCAAGUAAAGGUGAUUUCAAGAUAUGGAAUGACGACUUCAAAAUGGUAUCGGAAGUUAAUACUGGUUGCAGAAUUACAAGUCUUUGCGCUAUAACAGUUGAAGAUGACGGUGAGUCUGUGUCAGAAUCAGAGUCGGAAACAUCAGAAGUUAUAGUCGCGCCUGUUCAAGUGGCACGAGGGAAAGUAACAGUUGAACAUGAUUCAGAUACUGAAGAAGUACCAAAGAAGAAAAAAAAGAAGAAAUCUAAAAAUUAAUAUCGUAUCUGUAAUUAAAUUGUUAACAUUAUCUUAAUUAUAUACACAUUUUUUUAAA